AUGCUCUCAUCGAGAUCCUACCUGGACUUGUCCCCUGAGCGGCCACAGGAUCUCCCCAGACGGGAACUAGACCCCGAAAUUAAACAUGAACCGGAGCGCAAUCUAAGGCCGCGGAACAAGCGAGCCCCUAAAGCACCGGAGAUGGCCGACCAACUAGCCAUCAACAGGGAAUCGGCAGCUCCGGAUCGUCCCGCUCGGAAACGAGGUCGGCCAAGACUGGAGACGGUCAAGGAUGCAGCUGCCAUUGAGGAACGUCGUCUACAGAUCCGGCGUGCCCAGCGCACAUACAGAUUAAGAAAGGAGUCAACUAUCCAGUCUCUCAAAUCUCGCGUCGAUGGGCUAGAACGGACCUUGAAGAACGUGUCUGAUCUACUCAGCGCCGCCGAUCAAAAUGCAGCUGGUCACCAAGGCGGCGCACUCACGGCAAAGCCGGGUAUCAACUAUCUGGCUCGCGCACGGGAAUUGGUCCUAGCAGAAAUCCAAAACACCCGUUCUACUCCAGAUGAAGAGAUUGAGCAAGCCGGCAGAUCAUCGAGGGAUAUCUUCGGAUACCAAGUCUCACAUGCGUCAAACGACACGGUGGCACAUCCCCAAAAGAAGGACUACCCUUCAUACUCCAACCGCGCCAGAUCCCCCUCUCCAUUAAUUAACCGUAUCCUCCCGGUAACAACAAUAUACACAUACAGCCACCAAGAAUCCAAUCUCUCGCGACGCCUGCACAGAUUCUGUCUCGAGCAUACCUACCGCUGGCUCACAGAUGCUCGCACUGACCCAGCACUAUUGGGUCGCGUCUUCGGACUGGUACCUUGCAUCCAGGACAUGCCGGGUAUAAGACGUAGUUUCCGGCGCACGCUGCAGUCUGAGAUUGGAAGUACGCUGGAAACUACCAAGCUCCCUUUCUACACGCUCGGCGGAGCAGGAAAGCAUUUCCCCCGUAAGGGGAGAGAUGGAAUGCCCAUUUACCCGGAGAAUAGUCGAAGACCUGGCAAGAUUCUGCGGAGGAUGGUGAGGAUUCUGCAGCGUGGUGGGAUUCAGGAUUGGGAUGAGGAUUGGAGUGGGGACCGGGAGCCCGGGGUUGCAGGACUGGGCCACGGGAAGGUGGAGAUGGAUAGGGAAGAGAGGAUCCGUUCGUUGGAUCUGGAUGGUGAGUGGUUUGAUUGCCAUGAUAUACAGGGUUAUCUGGAGCACCGGGGUCUUGCGCUUGAUGGAUCAGCGCUGAGGUUAGAAGUACCCGCUGCUCUGGUUGGGCAUUUGCAUGGGUUCUCGCCAGAUCGGUCUGUGUCGAGUUUAUACACUUCUCCCGAAGAGGUUUCAGUUGACCGGGCCACAUCAGUGUCAAGUCCGUCUCCUUACAUGCUGGACAUGGAGUGUUUCUUCAAUCUCCUCCUGGCCAACCUACGAAUCCUUGGUCGCGCUCCAGGCUUCCGAGUGUGGGAUGUUGACGCUGCAUUGCGAGCCGCCAUAUACCGACGCCCCUUCAGCUAG